GUGAGUGCUGUGUGGAAGAGCUUGGAGCUUCCGGUACAGGAAAAGGAGGAGGAGGAGGAAACACCUGCGUGCGUGUUUGGAUGAAUGCGUGCCGCCAUACAUCUUGACAGCAACACAAGAAGAAGAAGAAGAAGAAAAAGAAGGUGAACGUUGACGCUUGCUCCCUCCAUCCUUGCAUCCUCGGUGGACGCCACGCGCCACCCCCCCCCCCCCGCAUCCUCCUCGACAUGGCGGACGUCAAAUGAUCGCCGAUGAAGCCGCGACGUCCUCCCCCCCCUCCUCCUCCUCUUCCUCUUCCUCCGUCUUCAUCGUCAGAGCGCGUUGCCAUGGCGACGCUGCCGCUCUUGCUCAUCUGGGCGAUCCUGCCGCACGCCGCCGCCUCGUCCGCCCCGUGCCCGGCGAGCUGCCGAUGUUACAGCCUGACGGUGGAGUGCGGGUCCACGGGCCUCCUGGCCUUGCCCAAACACGUGCCCGCGUCCGCACAGACGCUGUUCCUGCAGGACAACGUGAUCGCUCAGAUCCGGCGGCAGGACCUGAUCCCGCUCCCGCACCUGCACUACCUCUACCUGCAGAACAACAGCAUCUCGGCGCUGGAGCCGGGCUCGUUCCAGAAGCAGGCCCGGCUGCUGGAGCUGGCGCUGAACGGCAACAGGAUCCACCUGGUGACGGCCGACACCUUCCGCGGCCUGGAGCACCUGCGGGUCCUCUACCUGGCGGGGAACGACAUCACGCGCCUGCCGGACUUCGCCUUCCGCGGCCUGCAGCGGCUGCAGGAGCUCCACCUGCAGCGCAACAGCUUGGAGGUCCUGGAAGAACGGGCCCUGGCCGGCCUGACGUCGCUGGCUCUGCUGGACCUGAGCCGGAACCGCCUCCACACCGUCGGGGCCGCCGCCCUGCGGCCGCUGGUCAGCCUGCAGGUGCUCCGCAUCACCGAGAACCCGUGGCGCUGCGACUGCGCCCUCCGCUGGCUGCGGGGCUGGAUGGACGAGGAGGGCCGGCGUCUGCUCAGCUCGUCGGAGCGCCGCCUGUCGUGCUCGGAGCCGCCGCGGCUGUCCCGCCUGAGCCUGCUGGAGGUCCCGCCCAACAGUCUGGUCUGCAUCCCCCCCCUGGUGCAGCUGGAGCCCCGCAGGCUGGCCGUGCGCCUGGGCGACAGCCUGCGCGUGUCCUGCCACGCCUCCGGAUACCCCAGGCCGCAGGUCACCUGGAGGAAGGCGUCUCCCAGCAAGGUGUCGCUGGCGCCCCGAGGCCUGGUGCAGGACCUGGGCGGCGGGGCCCGAACGGCGGGCGACGGAGCGGAGCCCUCCGAGGGCGACGGGGCGCACGUGCAGAAGGCCGCCUCGAACUUCGACCCGGACACGGGCAGCGGGAUGCUCUUCCUCAGCAACGUGACGGUGGCGCACGCCGGCUUCUACGAGUGCGAGGCUUGGAACGCGGGCGGCGCGGCCCGGGUCACCUUCCAGCUGGCCAUCAACUCGUCCUCCGCCCCCUGGGCCGCCUGGGCGCACCCCCGCUCGCCGGGGCGGCUCCGCCCGAGGAGCCCCGACGGCGCGGCGGGCGGCGACGUGAGCCGGGAGCCGCUCUACGCCUCGGGCAGCAUGGCGUUCGGCGCCCUGGGCGCCGCCACGCAGACGGCCAUCGCCGCCGGCAUCUCGCUGCUGGCGCUGACCGCCCUGCUGUUGGUCGCCAUGAUCUACGGCCGCCACCUGCAGGGCCACAAGGACCAGCGCGCCGCGCGCAAGGAGGAGAACGUCCUGUACGUCAACGACUACUCGGACGGGCCGACCACGUUCGACCAGCUGGAGGAGUUCCGAGACGAGCGCGGCCACGAGAUGUUCGUCCUGAACCGCGCCAAACCCGUGCCGCCCUCGGACGCGGGCAGCGGCCGCACGGGCUCCUCGGCGGCCGCCAGUCCGGCGCCGCCCCCCGAGCCCGACGUCGACCUUCGGACUGUGCGGAGAAUGGCGGGCGAGGGCGGGGAGGCGGAGCCGGUGAUGACGUCGGAGGGCGAGGGCGCCUUCGUCAACCACGCCGGCUUGUUCGCCGACUCCCAGACGGCCUACGAGAUCCACUGCUGACUCCUCGGACGGACGACGGCUCACUGGACUUUCUUCGUCUUGUGGCGCGUGCGCUUCUUCGUCGUCUUCAGACUUUGGGACAAAAGCGGUGCCAUAAAACUGGCUACCGUGAACGCUCGGGAGUCCUGAAGACGGCGAGCCAGGCGCUCGUGUACGGAGGAAGAUUCCGGCCACACUGGAAAGAAAAUGACGCGAGCGGCUUCAGCGGGGACCCCCAGGAUUGUCUUUCCCCGGCCGCUUCGAGGCGUUCCCGGGCCUGCCGAGAGACGUGGUCUCUGCGGCGUGUCCUGGGUCGUCCUCAGGGUCCCCUUCUGGUGGGACGUGCCCGGACCGCCGCCCCGGGGAGGCGUCCGUGUCGGCUCCUCUCAACGCGGAGGAUAUCUCACAGAAUGGUUCCUUGACUUUGAUGUGGACGUAGCCAGACUGCCGCGUUCUUCUGGUUCUGUUUGUUUGGGACGGGUUCAGUCGUAUUUUCUUUCCAGUGUGUCCGGAAUGAUCCCGCAAGCGUGCACGCUGGAGUCGCUUGAAGCUAAUGUGGUCGUGUUCAUCAGCAUGUAGCAGUUCUUGUGUCUUCUUCUCUUUUUUUUCCACUUUUACGGGGGGGGUUUCCAUUCUUUAGCUAACAGCAGUUGCGCAUGGGAAAUACAAGAAGAAAAUGCGCCGGAGCUCCUUUUUUGGUUUUCGUUUGGCGUUCUCUCCACAAACUGGCUCGUCUUUUCUCACAAAGGCAACGCUAGCGGUGGCCCACCACACGUGGACAUGUUCACAUGGGACAGGCCUCGAGACUGCGCAUGGAACCUUUUCUUCAACUCGUGUGAUUAAAAAUUCCGCAUUU